AUGCUACUGUGUUUAUCAGGUACAACAGGAGAGGCCCUGGAAGUGACCUCAGGAGUAGUCAGGGACAGAACAUCUGGACCACCAGGCACUGGGGCCACCAGUGCUGGAAGCCCAGCAGCAACAAGUAGAAGAACAGAAACAUCUGCCACCAUCUCUGCUGGUGAGAACACAUCUGCAGGAACAGGCACACCUGGAGCAUCAUCUGGAACAACCCCAGAAGCCCAAGGAGGUAGCACCCCUGAAGAAUCAAGCACUAGAGCCACAGGUUCAGGAACCACAGGGGUGUCUUCUGGUUCAUCCACUACUGCCAGCCCUGGAGACUCAGCUACACCUUUCUCAACCUCUGCUAGUAGCAAAUCAGGUACAACAGGAGAAUCCUUGGGAGUGACCUCAGGAGCAGGCAGUGUGAGCACACCUGGACCAUCAGGCACUGCAGCCACCAGUGCUGGAAGUCCAGCAGCAACGACCACUGCCUCUGCUGUUGAGAACACUUCUGGAAGAACAGGCACCCCUGGAGCAUCAUCUGGAACAACCCCAAAAGCUCAAGGUGCCAGUACCCCUAAUCAAGCAGGCACUGGAGCCACAGGUUCAGGGACCACAGGAGUGUCUGCAGGCUCCACCACUGCCAGUCAUGAGGACUCAGCUAGACCUUUCUCAACCUCUGCUAGCAGCAAAUCAGGCACUACUGGACCAUCAGUUGGUACAACAACCAGAGCCCAAAGCAAUGAAGAGACAUCACCUGAAGUACACUCAGGUACUACUGGAACUUCAGUUCCCAUCACCUCCACAGCUGGAAGUACAAAAACCACACCCCAGCUGAGCACCAGCUUUACCAGUCCUGGGGAUACAUCAGCAGCAUCAGAAUCCUGUGGAAACUUGUUAAAAGUGCACAUUUCUGGGUUCACCAACCUAGAAUCAGAAAGUAUCCGGUGGAGCCCAGCAGACUUUGUUAACAAGUAUUUUGGGGAUUGA